AGAGCGCUGUCUUCUUCUGCACUGUUGUUACUGUGUGUUCUGUUUCUAUUACUGUAUCUGUUACUGUGUGCUCUUCUCUUCUGGGCGGUUUCUUCUGUGUUUGUGUGUUGGGGACGUAAACGCGUCAUCCGGGUAUUUCCACGCCCGUGCGCGCGCUCGCUCGCUGUACGGAGGCGCGCGGAAGGAAAUCUACGUCGCAGUGUGUCGCCGAUUCUUCGCUACAGCCCGGAAACUUCCAAAAGCGACAGAGAGCGACCCGAGCUGCAGUGACGCGCGACAUGGACGGACUGUUUCACCAGUGGGGACCGUCCCCGGUGUCCCAAGGCCAUCCGUUCGUGGAGAUCAUCGAGCAGCCAAAAGCACGAGGGAUGCGUUUCCGUUAUAAGUGUGAGGGUCGAUCGGCCGGCAGCAUCCCUGGAGAGAAGAGCAACGACACCACGAAAACACACCCCGCCAUCAAGGUUCACAACUACAGCGGCCCGCUGAGAGUCAGGAUCUCAUUGGUCACCAAGAACCAGCCGUACAAGCCACACCCACACGAGCUGGUGGGCAAAGACUGCAAACACGGAUACUAUGAGGCAGACCUACAGGAGCGCCGGAUACACAGUUUCCAGAAUCUGGGUAUUCAGUGUGUGAAGAAGAAGGAUGUGGGAGACGCAGUUUCCUGUCGCCUGCAGACACAGAACAACCCCUUUAAUAUUCCUGAGGCCAAGAUCUGGGAGGACGAGUACGACCUGAACGCGGUGCGCCUGUGCUUCCAGGUGUCCAUCACGCUGCCCAGCGGAGACCUGUUUCCUCUGGAGCCCGUCGUGUCUCAGCCCAUCUACGACAACCGUGCUCCCAACACCGCCGAGCUCAAGAUCUGUCGGGUCAACAGGAACUCAGGCAGCUGUCGAGGAGGAGACGAGAUCUUCCUGCUGUGUGAUAAAGUGCAGAAAGAGGACAUCGAGGUGCGGUUCUUCCAGGACUCGUGGGAGAGCAAGGGCUCGUUCUCUCAGGCUGAUGUUCACCGGCAGGUGGCUAUCGUCUUCCGCACGCCUCCGUACCGUGACCCGAACCUGACGGAGCCGGUGCGUGUGAAGAUGCAGCUGCGCAGACCGUCUGACCGAGAGGUCAGCGAGCCCAUGGACUUCCAGUACCUGCCUGCUGACCCCGAUGAGCACAGGCUGAUGGAGAAGCGCAAGAGAACCGAAGGAAUGCUGCAGAACCUCAAACUGAGCAGCAUCAUCACAGGAUCCUCUGUGCCCGCAGACAGACGGCCGUUCAGUACAGCGAAGCGAACACUAGGUCUCUCUAAACCCCCAGCGGCCAGCGGUCUCUCAGCAGCGGUGUCUGCAGGAGCCCCAGUGAAGCCACAGACGUCCUCGUUCUUCACUCCUGCUCCCGGUCAGCUGUUCUCCGCGUCCGCUCCGAGCUCGUCCAGCGACACAUGGAAGUUCCUCCAGAGUCUGACCGUAGACUCUCAGCCCAAAGCAGCGUCCAGCAGCUUCUCGAGUCCCAGCACUGCUCCGUCCGUCCUCACGCAGGACUUCCCCACCGUCAACCUGUCCGACCUGCACGACUUCAACAGCUUCCUGUCCCACGAUCAGAUGAGCGCUCCGGCCGCAGCCGAGCCUGUCCAGAGCGCCGCGGCUCCAGACUCCUUCAGCUCCGCUCCCUUCCGAGUCGAGGCAGACGACGAGCUCCCAGAGUUCCCCAGCUUCUCAGAGGUGCACGGCUCCGACGUCGACAACAUCAACAUCGAGGAUUUCCAAGCGCUGCUGGUCCAGAGCUGUCUUCCUGGAGACGCGGGUCUGUCCGUGGGGAAGCCUGCGGCGAGCGAGGUGCAGGAGCCGGAUCACGCUGGGAACAGCUCCACCUGGAUGUCCUUCCCUCCCAGCAUCGCCAACCUCAUCCACAACGAGAGCAUGAUGGAGAGCGCAGCCGCUCCGACCCCCCCCGCCGGCGUCCUGGACGACCUGGACAUGCUGAGCUCCAUCGACGACGACCGUUUCAUGACCAUCUUCACCAGCAGCAGCCAGGUCGGCUUCCUGUCCGGACACCCCACCUAGUUUAACCCCGUAUAUACAGCAGAUUCAUUCAGACUUUAGUGGCUUUAGCGGGUGGAGGCUUUGAUGUACAGUUAUCUUUACCUUGUUCACCAGCCAAACUAGAUCACUCUGUGUCUGAAAACACCCACAGUGCCUUACUGAGCGGCUCAGCCAAUCACAGCGCAGAAUCACCGCCUCCUCCACCAAUGACUGUGGAGAACACUGAACUCUGGUGCUCACACAAUCAUUGGUCCAGUGAGAGAUAUUACACAGUCUACAGUAGAACCCACUUCUCCAUGUUAAUAGUUUAAUUCACUUAAAGGAACAUUGCACCAAGUUUUCAUUAUUAUAUUAUAUAUAUAUAUAUAUAUAAUUAAACAGUAAACCUGUAGUGCAGCCAAACAAUGAAAGGACUAAUUAAUCUUUUAAUCAAAUGAAGAGAUGAACGUUUAAUGAGUGUUUAAAAAUGUAAAGUAAAUCAUAAACCAUUUUAAAAUAAGAGGCAGCAGAUGUCCUGAAAACAAACUUGUAAUAAAUUGUUGCUUAUAAAAAUUCAUUGAAUUAGACAUGAUUUAUAAUCAAGACUUUUAUUACUUCAAAAAUGUUCUUUAACCAAUAAAAUAGAAUGCAAAAAAAAAA